AUGACCAUGGGACCGCUGCAGUUGGAAUCGCCUACAAGCGAUGGCGGGCAUUCAGGGUUGUUUCACCUCCACCACAAGAAGAGGGAGCCUAAGCGCCGCCCUGAGGACCUGCGUUCCGUUAGGUCGCCGCCCCCUACGGCGCCGACCAGCGCGCCGCAGUCCCCGAGCCACUCGCUUCUGAAUGGCCUGAAGAUGCACCCAGUUAAUAUUCUUUCCGGGCCCCCAGUCGGCCUGGAUAACAUCCCCACCCCCAGGGAGUCCCUCAGCUCGAGAGACUCGCUUGCCAGCGCGGGUGAAGGAUUCGAGCGGCCGCCUCCCGUCGCGCCGCCGCUCCCGCAUCUUCCGCUGCGCAAGAGGUCCUCGCAGCGCUUGCGCCAAGGAGCCGCAUCCCCUCUCUUAUCCUCUCCUCUCAACUUGUCCCGGAUCCCUCGUUCUGCCGUGGACUACCCCUCCCCCACUCGUUCCACUCGCUCGCGCCAGACGAGCUCCGCCUCCAAACCUUAUACCGACGACCCUUCGUAUAGCCUCCAACCCUCCCCGCUCGGCUCUCCCAUCUCGACUCGUACGGAUGCCGAGGACGAGGAGGACGUCGUGGACCCUCUGCCCGAUUCCAUCCGCCUUCGCCCGCGCGCCUCUUCCCACACCAUCAGCAAGCCUCAGCGCAUCCUUAGGACGUCGACGUCGAUUCCGAACCUGGCUCAGCUGCGCGCGCGGGAAGUGGUCUCCGCUCAAGGCCACCGGAGGGAGAGGCGGAGUACCGUACGCGACAGCUACCUUUCGAUGCUCCGUCGGGAACCCCCGGGCAGACCGCACGUCCUCGGGGACGAAAUGCGGUCGAGUUACCGAUCGAAUUUCACCAACUCUUCCUCGGGCUUUGUUGACGCGACUGGCACCGAGCGCAGCAGCAUCAUUUCCGAAAGGAGCGGGGUGAGCAGCACUCCUUACACCACCGAUUACGCAGAGACCGAUGUGGAGAAGACGGACUUCGAGCAAACCGAUGCUGAGCAAGACGGGAUGACGGUCGAGGACGCGAUUGAUAUGUAUGAGAUGGGGUUCGAGGACGAUCCGGACGAAGUGCCUGAGGGAUCGGACGAGGGUUAUGCGUCUCAGGUUCCUACAAAUACCACCCCGGGAGAAGCUCAGACACCGCCAAGGGUGCGAAGGCACUCUACAAGUAGCCUCCGCGACUCGGCUCUGGGCCCCGACGCCCCUGCAGACCACGACAUCCCCUAUGUUACCCCAUCUCGCAACGAUCGAGUGUCCAAAAUCAUGGCUGAACAAGAGAUCGCCGCCCAACUACCGCCGCCGCAAUCAGCCAGGUCCGCCAGAUCCGCCAGGUCCGCUCGCUCGGCCGCAUCGGGCAGGUCCAAGGGAUCCAUCAAUAUGGUCGCAGACAAGACGUUUUCCCAGAUGCUCGCCCCGAGGAUGUCCGUGAUGGAAAAGAAGGUGGAACUCAAGGCCGGGUCGUCGAUUCCCCGUGACCAGUACGGUUUCAAGAAGGCCACGCAAUAUAUUACGGUGGAGCAGUACGACACGUGGAACGGACCUUACAGGGAAUACACCGAACGUCGCCGCAAGAAGUGGCAGAACCUCAUGAGACAACAUGGACUUCCCAUCAGCAAGCCCACCCGCUUCCCGCCGCGCAGUGAAAAGGUGAAGAGGUUCAUCCGCAAGGGCAUCCCUCCCGAGUGGAGGGGCGCAGCCUGGUUCUAUUACGGGGGUGGCCCCGCUCGACAGGCGGCUAACCCGGGCUUGUACUGGGAGCUAAUCGAGCAGGUCAACGAUGGUAAGCUCAGCGAGCAAGAUCGCGAGCAUAUCGAGCGUGAUCUCAACCGUACCUUCCCGGAUAAUGUCAAGUUCAGGCCUGAGUCGAGAGCAUCCAUGAACGCGGCGCAUCUGCUUGACACGAAAUCCACCGACUUGACGCCGGAUUGUGAAACACCGAUCCUCCGCGCGCUGCGCCGCGUUCUCCAAGCCUUUGCCGUCCACAACCCCGGAAUUGGAUACUGUCAAUCGCUCAACUUCUUGGCCGGUCUGCUGCUCAUCUUCCUGGACGAAGACGAGGAAAAGGCCUUUAUCAUGCUUGACAUCAUCACCAGCAUCCAUCUUCCUGGUACUCACGGUCGCGUGCUGGAAGCCAACAUCGACAUUGGCGUUCUCAUGCACUGCAUCCGCGAGUCUAUGCCGGCCAUCUGGAACAAGAUCGACGAUACCAAAGAAUUCGAGCCGAAUGUCACCACCAGCUCGGCUCGCCUACCCACUGUCUCGCUGGCCAUGACUUCGUGGUUCAUGUCUCUUUUCGUGGGUAACUUCCCGAUCGAGACGGUGCUGCGUGUGUGGGACUCCUUCUUUUACGAAGGGUCCAAAACCCUGUUCCGCAUUGCGCUGGCCAUUCUGAAGAUUGGCGAAGCCGAGAUCCGGGCUAUCUCGGACCCUAUGGAGGUCUUCCAGAUCAUCCAAACACUCCCUCGUCGUCUCAUUGACCCCAACUCCCUCAUGGACGCGUGCUUCCGCCGUCGUAACGGGUUUGGACACGUCAAGCAAGAGACUAUCGACGCACGCCGCGUUGAGCGCCGUCGUGCGCAUCAGCAAGACAUUGCCCGCAUCAGUGGCAACUGGGCCGCUAAGUUCGGCAAGAAGGAGGUCGACGCACAGUCUGUGCGAUCAAAGGCCGGAGGAGUCCGCAGAGCGGCCAGCAAGCGCUUCAAGCAUAAGCGAAGAGCCCGUACCGACCAAGCUCAAGGCAAUUAA